AUGUUUACAGUGCCUCCCACAGCCCAGAGCCUUCUGAGCGGUCUAUUUCCAAACUGCACAUACAGCCCCAGCUACACCCUCAAAGGCAGCACCAUAGGACGCUACCAAGGACUCAGAUACGUUCACUUGUCCUACGUUUAUCCGAAUGACCACACCCGGCUCACUCACAUGGAAGGCACCUGCUACUACAGCAUGAAACUGUAA